UUAGUAAAUUUGCUCAAGUGAGGUCUUGUUAUGUUCAAAUUUCUCUUGGUUUGCAUGAAAAAGAGCAGAAACACAAGAUGCAUUUCUCUUGUUAUGUUCAAAAAAAACUAGGUGCAGUGUUGUUCCAUUUUCUCGUCGGUCUCAGUUGUGGAGUCAUUCUUUCCUUGACUGAGUAAAUCAUAGACGCGCUAAUGUUAAUCCCCGUCAUGUAUGAUGGCAGAAAAGAUGAAGCUGGUCCAAGUGCUGUCAUAUCUACAUCGUUCAUGGUUGGUUGAGAGCUGCUGCUCCUGCUGCUCUUAACUAUUGUGGGGCAUCUCCGUUUAACUUUUCGUACGUGGGGCGGAUUCUACACUCCUUGAUAUGUUAAAUCUGAUGUCCUUUCGGCUGUAUACUUCAUCCCAACCUUUCUUCCAGCUGAUUUCCAGAUGUCCAGUGACUUGAACAUAAAUCUUGGGAUCGCAGAAUGUUGCUCUCCAUGUCCAUCCUGCGUCCUCAAGAUUUAGUCAUUGAUAUACCCACCAUCUCCAAGAUUUAAUGUACGGUAGCUGUACGCCAGACCUUUGAUCUGUGCCGAGGAACAGGUUGGACAUCAAAAGAUACAGAAGGAUUCUAACUUUUUGAUGAGAUCCCUACCAGAUGAUGUCGGUGCAGUACAAGAUUUGAUGGCAACAGAUAUGAGAUUUCCUUUUUCUGAACUAAAUAGAUCAGAAGAGCCUUCAGCUGAAUGCAAGGAUGCUGGUGAAACUGAGGAUGAUAGUGAUGAUGGCGAUGGAGAUGGUGAUGAUGAUGACGAUUCAAAUGGGGAGGAAGGGACUGAUGAUGAAGAAGAUGAUUCUGAUGCUGAGGCUAGUGGUGAUGGAGAGAGUGAUGACGAUGACGACGGCAACGAUGAUGACGAGGAAGGUGACGAUGAUGACGAAGAUGAUGAUGAUGACGAUGACGAAGAUGAUGAGGAGGGGGAAGAAACCCAGCCGCCUUCUAAAAGGAAGAAAUGAGUCAAACAUUAUUUCUCCCUUUCUUAUUCUUUAAGCUAGAUUGGAUUGGAGGAAUCUCAUUGACAGAGUCAAAAGGUUCAAAACCAUAAUUUUCUAUGUGUCUUCUUGAUAUGUUAACCUUCUUGAUAUCUUAUUUAGCUAGAACAUUUCUACUCGGUCUCAUUUUAAUUCAUUUAAGGAUAUUACUGUGGAGAAGGCAACAUUGGGAUUAGAAGGAUGCAAAUGUCUACUUGGUAAGUUAUAACAUUUCAUUUUAAUGGAGAUUUCUUGUAUCUUGGCUA